AUGACGUCGAAUACUCAAUCUGCUAUCAGAUAUUCUGGCAGAGGAGGAAGAGGAGGAACAGCGCAAGGUAGUGGUGGUCAGCAUUAUUCAUCCUCCGGCGCAAAUGGUCGCGUUGGUGGUCAGGCUGCCGGACGUGCGGCUCAUCCUGACGCGGAAGAUGUUGGGAACAUUCCCGGACCCAUACCCAGAGAAGGCCCUUACAACAUGGAGCGAUACAUCCGUGAAUUGGAAGAGAUGACCAGCAUGGUAAGGCGCACCGGCGUGCAGCAAAGCACUCAUGGUGGGUCUGGAAUUGAGGACGAUACGACGGGGAACGUAAGAAUGCCACGGCAGCUGCCGAAUACUUGUAUCCCUCGUGGCGUACCCGGCCGCGUCGAGGUUAAUAAUGAGCGGCAGCUACGGCGCAGCAACCUCCGUCCCUCUCCAGCUGAGAGGGAAAGAGCAGCAGCAACAGCGGUCGCGGCAAUCAGUGCUGCUCCAAGGCAAAAUGCGGCAGCAAGGUCUGGAGGUUCAAAACCAGUGCGGACAGCUGCGAACGCUAUUACAUCACCUUUUCUAGCUGCAGCCUCGUCCAGGAAUCCGCUUCGACUUAUGCCUGGUACUGACCCAUCUCAGCGGGGUGGUGCUGCUGCUACAACAUUCAAUCCAUCAAGAUAA